AUGAUUAUGAUUACACGACUUGCCAUGGGCCGGUACUGUAAAACCAAAUGGGAUACUGGGGACUCUUUGACUGCCAUCGCUGUCGUUUGUGUCUUCAUUCGGAUCUCAUUUACACAUGUCCUCAUCUUGUGGAAGACGAACAAUAUCCCAGAUGACUAUCGCGAAAUUCACCAUUUCUCGCAACGCGAGAUAUUUGAGCGGGAAAUAGGUUCAAAAUUCACACUAGUAGCAAGGAGCUUCUACAUCACAUUAUUGUGGAUACAAAAGACGGUCCUACUGAUGUUCUAUCGCCACUUGGUGAGAGACAUGCCUUGGGGAAAGCCAACCAUGAUGACAUACGGAAUUGUCUUCGCCGUCACGUUUGUGGCAAGCAUCAUCUCUACCUUUGUCGAGUGUCGUCCAUUCCACUUGUAUUGGCAAGUGGUUCCAGAUCCAGGAAACUGUAGUCAGGCUAUCGUACAGCUGUACGUUGUCGGAGUCAGCAAUAUGUUUACCGACCUGAUGCUUAUAUUCCUGCCCAUUCCUGUUCUUAUCACAGUCCGGUUGAGCAUGAUCAAGAAGCUGCAACUCGGAUUCUUGUUCAGCAUUGGGUUCAUGAUUAUCAUCAUCACUGCUGUUCGAAUACCAUUGACAGUCGGUUCCAAGUCUUCAGAGACUUUUCGAAUCACCUGGACAACAGGUGAAUUUCUUGCGGCGACAUUUGUCGCGAAUGCACCAAAGCUGUACUCCUUUAAACAUCUGAUGCAACGGAGGAAUAGCACUGCUUUCGGGAACGUAAAUCGAACGGGCCCUCAUGUCCAACAAAUGGACGAUCUGGAGACUCCAGCUGUGUCAAUCACAGAGGUCGCAACUAUGCGAGCGAAGGAGUCUGAUAGCUCAGGUACUUCACAGAAUGCGGAGAUGACCAUGAACACAGUCAACGGAAGUAGUGAUCGAAGAGUCAUGUCGGGACAGCAAAAAUGA